AUGACAAUUAAUGCAUGUAAUGAGUUUAGAAAAUUGUGGAAUUAUUUCCACGAUGAACCGAACAGUUCUGGAGAAUAUAAUUUUAAAGAUCUAGUAUUCAAGCAAUACUGCCCUGAUGAGAACUGUAGUAACGAUAUCGAUAAGUUUAAUGCUGGUUGUUUAUGGAUACUUAAUGCAUUUUUUGGUAAUUUUGGUAUUUCACUUAAUAAUGACAAUUAUAAGGAUGCGGUUGUAUGCAUUAUGUUAUGGUUAAGUUAUAAAUUAAGUCUAAAGUCACAUGACGGAAUCAACACAUUAAAGGAAUUUUAUUCUAAGCAUAUAGAAACAAACGAGAAGUACAUUGUGAGUAAAGUUUAUAAUAAUAAAUUUAAAGGUUACAAGAAUAUCAUAGAUCAAAUAAAGGAAUAUUUGGAUAUUGAUAUUAGUUUUGCGUCUAAAUUUUAUGAAUUACUUAAAUUAUUAUGCAGUAUGGAUACUGCUUAUACGGAAAAAAAUAGUGACAAAAUUUCAGAAAAUGCUAAUAAAUUUAUUGAGAAAUAUCAAAAACUACUUGAUAAUGAUAAUAAUACUGAAGGUAGUCCAUACAAUAAAAUAUUAUUUGUUUUAUCUAAUUAUUAUAAUAAUUUUGAUAAAUACAGAAUUGAGAAUGGUACAUCAACAGAUCGUCCUCAAUUACCAACAAAAAAAAGAGACGAACAUGUUGAAGUAGUAGGUUCUAAAGAAAUUAAAAUAUCUGAAUCCUCGAAAGAAACAGGUACUUCAAAUAUUGUAACGACAGACCCGAGUUAUGAUACUACGUUUUCAGACUCAUCACUAGUAAGUAAAUUAAUUCCAGCUUUAUCGAUAUUUGUUGCAAUAGGAAUUUUUUUAGGAAUUGCUUAUAAGUAUUCGUUAUUUGGAUUUCGGAAACGAUCUCAAAAACAUUUAAGAAAAAAGCUAAAAAAAUAA